GAUCUCCGCCCUGUCCCUGCCCACUGCGGUAGCGCGUCACCGGGAACGAAAGGAGCGGGCUUGGCUUAAGUUGGGAAUGCGGCUGCACGUGGAGAGUUCGGGCUUGAGCUGAUAGGGGUGAGGCUGCAGCUACGCAUGGAAGAAGCUGCAAAGUGCUCUGGGUAGCUCGUGUUUUAUUUAGCUUUAAAAGACGCGAUUUUGCUGUUUGAUAUGCUGCUGAAUCCCUUAUUAUUCUUCCCCAUGCUUACUUGGGAAGCACGGAAAGAGGGUCGUUUGUACGUGUGGAUGCUUCUUCGGGAGGCGAGUUUGGUUAAGGCUGCAAUCGUACGCUGCACGCUUCUUACGAAUCAUUCAAAAUGGCCGGCAAGGGCCGAGGAAGAGGGCGUGCUUCCAUGACCUUCAACAUUGAAGCUAUUGGCUUUGUUAGAGGUGAAGCACUACCUGAAGCGGUAUUCCAGCCUCCGCCACUGUAUCCUAAAACAGAUUUCAAACCAAUCCCACUGAAGAUAGGAGAAAGCGAAGAUUACCUUUUGGCUUUAAAACAAGAACUUAGAGGAGCCAUGAGAAAGACACCUUAUUUUAUUUCCAAAAAUGAGGAAGAUCAAGGUUUUGUACCUGUUGAAAGAUACAGCAAAAAAUACUUGCAGAUAAAUGAUGAGGACCAAGAAUGGACUCCAGAUUGGAGAAGAUUACCAAGGGAGCUGAAACCAAAGAAAAGGGUUAAAAAAGCAGGUGGAAAACCGAAACAGGCAAAAACUGCAGCAUCUAAAACUAAUGUGGAUGUACUGAAAAAGAUAGAGGAGUUGGAAAAGAAAGGAGAUGAAGAAAAGUCAGAUGAAGAGGAAAAAGGAAAAGAAAAGGGCAAGGAUAAAGAGGAAGAUGAGGAAGAAGAAAAUGAGCCAGAGGAAUAUGAUGAAGAGGAGCAUGAAGAGGAGAAUGACUACAUUGCUUCCUAUUUUGAAGAUGGAGAUGACUAUGGAGUCGGCAGUGACGAUAACAUGGAUGAAGCAACUUAUUGAAAUUGUGGCUGUUUCAACAUUUAGAAAAUAUAAUCUGAAGAUGGCCUAAGCACACACUUCUGUUACCUCAAAUUAUGGAAGAAUAUAGUCUCAGAAGACUAACAAAGAUUAUUUAAAUUGAUCUUGCUGUUAUAGGAGUGUGUGAUAAUCCCAAAUUCAAAGUGGCUUGCAAAUUCAGUCCCUAUUGAUGGAAUAAAAGAUUGUGUUGGCAGCCCAUUGAAGUGCUCAGAUGUUCCCUCCAUACCAUGUUUUCCUUCACCAAAUUAAUUUAUAGGACUAUUAUGUGCCCCUUAACAUAAUAUUGGGCUCAUCAAAUGACUGCAUUGCCGAUCCUGCGGCGAGGGGAAGACAAAUGUAUGUGCUAAAGUAUACAAACUGGCCUUAAAAUAAUAAAGCAUUUACUGAAAAUGG